GGGCUUUCUCAAGAUAUUUCUUUACAGCAGAGCAGAAACAAAUUUUUUGAAGGUUUGAGUAAACCGACUGUCCAUGAUGACAAGAAACCACACGGAUCAUCUUUUCUUCAGGAACUCGACAGAUCGGGAGUGUCAGAAUGGAAUAUCUGUGGACCUGUUUUUGCACUUUUCCCUCAUACCAGUAGUGCUGAUCACUGGGGUGUUCUCAUUCCUCCAAAAAAGGGCUGAGAGGCUGGGCAUUGACCACAGACUGCCCUUCCUGGGGAGACGUUUUGCCAUUGUGGUGCCUUUGGAUACUAUUGGCAGCAUCAGUAAUUGUUGGUCCUAUGGAUUUGCAUUUGGUGCUGUGUCCUAUUCCGUCAUGGAGCUUUUCUAUAAAAAUCACAUUCGCCUCAAGGUCCCGCCCUGGGCCACAGCAAUAGUGUAUCUGAUUAGUGCUCUGGAGGUGGGCCUGGUGUAUUUCCCUUUCUUUGCCUGCCUGUCCACACCUUUCAGAACAACUGGGGCAGUACUGGGGAUACUCUACUCUCUGUCCUGGAUCAUUGUUACAGUGUGGGAUGUAUUCACCUGUCCCAGUGGUAAGAUUCUGGGUCCAUACGAGAAGAUUAUUUUCCAGUGGCCCCGCAUCCUCUCCCUCAUCUUCCUCUUUGGACGAUUUGUCUACAUGCUGGUUAAAGCUAUGCGAAUACGUCUGCAACUGGAACAGGAGGACCAUAAAGAACCGAUUGGGGAACACCAGGUGCAGCAUGUUAAGAGCCUGCUAAGGAAAACAUCUGUACACAGUAAGCCCAUGAGUUGGUUCCAGAGAAAGGUGUAUGAGUGGGACCCCAACUUUAAGUUCCCCAACAGGAUCAUCGGCACUUCCAUCAUAGCACUCAUAUGCCUGUAUAGGAUGACCCUAACAGUGAACUGUAAAGGAAAUCAGUAUAUUGACAAAGUAGAGAAUUUUAUAUUUCAUAGUAAUCAGACUACGGAUGAACUAGGAUGGAUGGAUGAAUUCGUCUACAUGGCUAGGAAGGCUUGGCUAGCUACCACCAUCUUUGCUAAUCUCAACUCUGUGGGUUACACGUUCCAUGUCUUGGCAUGUUACAGAAAACACAUGAAGAGACUGUGGAGAGGGCAGAAGGGUUUUCUUCCUGAGAAGUUUCACAACCCGAGAUCUGCUCUCAGUGUGGCUUCCAUCACAAAAUACUCUGGCUGGCAAAUAGCGUUUACACUGUGGGGCUACCUGAUUGUCCAUUUUGUCCUCUUCGUGUUUGCUCUGUUUAUCGGUUCGGUGGUUCUUUCCAUACAGCAUGGCAUUAUAAACAUAAUCAAUGACAUUGGAAGUAUACUUCUGCCCAUCAGCCUGGUGAUCUCCUUGGUGGUUCUUCAGGUCGUUCUGGUUCAGAUCUUCUUCCUUCAGGAAAAAAUGUCUCCCACUGAUAAAGACAAACCUCUGGCUCUCAACAAUAGGAAAGCGUUCCACUGCUUCAAUUACUUUUUCUUUUUCUAUAAUGUGGUGAUUGGAAUCGGCCACUGCAUGUUGAGGUUGCUGUGUAGUAUGGUGGUGGGCACAUGUCUGGUGUCUCGCAUAGACCGGACCAUUAUGCAGAACGGAUAUGAAUCCAUGGAUUUUGGCUACAGAGUUUGGGUUGGGAUGAUCUUUGCUGACCACUAUCAUAACAAUCCAGUCAUGGUGUGUUUCUGCCAGCUGCUGGUCUCCAACAAGUUUGAGAGACAGACUGUGUCUGCAUACUCCACAUUAGACAACACGCCAUCUGAAUCCCCUGUGAAUAGCCAGGCCAGAAGGCGUUGGAUGUUGUUUUAUACCUUACUGAGGAACCCUCAUCUGAUCCUGCUCAGAAAGCACCACCUCUCCUCAUCUUCAUCACUACAGACACCAUCACGAUCUCCCCAGUCAGUGUUGCAGGCUUGUAGCAUCAUGGCAUCUCAAACACAGAGCCACUACUAGUGAUUGAAGUCAUACCAGUUGACUGUUAAAAACUGUGGGAGGGACUGUGCUUUUUCUUGAUUAAUCCUCAUGUCCUAAGAGUCUUUUUUUAAAGGCUGUCAUUUAAAAGAAGUUCAGCAAAGUCAGUGCAGCUACAGAAUAUUCGUCCUUUAAACCUUUUGAAGGGAAAGCCUAGCACUUAGAUCUGGCUGACAAGAUAUAAUAUAGAUGCUGUGAACAAUCAUUAGCUCACAGUUUUAUCAUGUCAGAGGGGAACAUCUAUCCUUAGUAAUUUACAUGAUGUGGGACUUGUGAGAACAGAGUGUAUGCAACUUAAGGUGUUCUUGCCUGGAAUACAUACAGUUUUAUUUAGUUUAAUUGAUUUAAUUUAGUUCUACAAAUGGCAUAAAUGUUGUUGUUUUUUCCCCCUGACAUUACCUUUGUGUUGAGACAAACUGUCUUAAGUUGAUUGAAUUAUCCCUGUGAGUGAAACUAUUUGUUGUAUUGUGAGGAGGUAACCAAACUCCCUUUUGGUCUUUUGUCAUUACAAUAACAAUCUAAGUAACACCUAAAUGUAACCUGCCUUAUUGGUGAAGCAUCUGUAUUCUUCUGGACAUUUUUUCCUUUUCAGUUUUACUUUUUAUUUAAAACAAUGCGAGCUACACUGCACAGUUAAUCUGCUUGUCUU